AUGCGUCGAGAGCAAGAACGUCUCGAGCGAGAACGUCUCGAAAAGGAACUCCAGGCAGAGAGGGAACUUCUCAAAAGGGAGCGAGAAAAGACACUCCGUGAGAAAGAACUCUGGGAAUAUGCGCGUAAGUCUAAUGUUACGCGAGAAUCCGACGAGGAAGAGGAUGAGAGCGUCGAUGAAUCAUCAUCGGAUGUUUCAGGAUCCGAGUUCGAUUUCGAUACCAGCUUCCUUCCCUCGAUCAAGACAGACGAUUCCAUGGACCUUGACGCCCUUUCCGCAGGAUCUGGCAAUGGAAAUUCAGAUCACAGUCAUCCUCGUGGCGAGGCACAGAGGCUCGGUCCAGUGCAAGAGAGGUACAUCGUGUCAACAAAAUGGCAAGGAAGCACUUUCGACGAAACCGAAUUCGGAGCUGAAAUCCAGGUCUUGUCCACUCCUCCCGCGAAGAAAGCUCAACCACCUAUGCUUCGCUGGAUACAUCUAGAGCGUGCAAUGCCGUCCUUCGAAGAGUUCGAAUCAGCUGUCCAAAAGCUACUAGUAGUACCCCAAAAGCAGAAGCGGCACGUCAAUCAAUUGCUCAGGAAACUGCAAAGGAACAACGAGCAGCAGCGCCAGCAAGGUCGAGAAAUGAAGGCGUUUUGCGAAGCCGAUGUUGAUCUCGAAGAGCGCGGCGCGGAAACUCAACAGACGAGUUCAGUCUGUGCUUUAAGCAUUCCGUUCUUCAGCUUAGAGAAGUCUCUUGUCGCGCAGAUUGCCUCUCUGUCGAGUGGCUCACCAGAACAUCCUCCGCGACCGCUAGUACAGACUCAUUCUCGAAUGCUGAAUGAAGCUCGUGAGCGUGCUCAGGCGGUCACUACACUUCCGUCCACUCCGCAAGGCCACUAUCUGCAUGUAUCACAUUUGUGGUGUCUACUCGUCAACGACGAUACCCUAAUCACUUGCAGCAGACCAUCCUUGAACCAGGUAGGAAAGGAUCUCACAUUCGUGAACGGCAGCAAAGAGAAGACUGCGCAGAACUGGAUUGACCUACGUGUUGGAGAUUCACGAAGAUGGCGACUUCCUGCCAGUACAGUGCACUCAGUGCCCAAGUUUUCCUCGCUGCUUAGCGAGAGUAUAUUGGAUUUCAUGUUCGAGAAAUCCUACGCCGCAUUGAAAUAUCGUGGAAAGCCGGUUGAUUACAGUAAUUGGGAUGGUCUCCUCGAUGACAGCUUCAAGAGUGGCACAGAAUUGCAUGUGAAAAGAGCUUACCCGAGCUAUCGUCGAACGAAGCAAUUCGAGACACUCUUCAAUUACAAGCAUGCGAUGGGCUUGUACAAGCUUCUGCAAGGCCAUGGAAGCGAGGCCACUGGGAGUACAGUCUCAGAGGAGCACGAGCGCUGGCUUACCAACUUGUGGCAAGAGUUCCGGAACAUGAAGAUCUGCAUGCGUAGUGCCCAAGGCUCUUCAGACGCACUGGCAGGCUUGGCUAAAGGCAUGCACCAGUCGCUCUCUUCGGCGAAACACAAAGUAGCUCGCAGCAGCUACCUGAGUUGUGGCGAAGCAACACUAGAAGACAUUCAAGGCUGGCUUAAGCAACAGGAGACCGCCGCUACCGAAGACAAUUUGAAGCUCAUGACGAAAGCCGAACGUCUCGUCCGGCUGCACAAGAUACUAAUCGCAACCCUGUCCCAAGGUCUCUUCGGAUUCUUCUGGCCUAUGGAGUUCGAUCAUGUUAUUGUACGGAAGUUCUGGGGCGCACUGAAAGAGCUGCUAGAAGACGAAACGUUCUAUGGAAAUGGCAUCAGCGACAGAAGGAAGGACAUCGAAAUGAUGCAAGGAUUUCUUCACGAACUUUGUGUGAUCGCGUGUUUGAAGCAAUUCUACCUGGCCUGGCUGCAUAUUCUUAGUGCAUUCACAAUCGCUGCAAAGGCCAAGCUUGGGAAAGGCUAUUACGAUAAUUGGGAGGAACCGAACAACCGCUUCCGCAGCGCCAAAGAGGCGCUAGAAGAAGGUGAAAAGGCACUGGUCUUGCGUCUGCGAAGAGACGAUAUAGAGGAUUUCGAAGUCUGCUCUUCCCGAGGAAUAGUCUCACUCAUGCUGGACUGUGUGACUCGAGAUUUCGUGAAUGGCAAACCGGAUGUGGCGCAGACGUAUAGCGACUAUUGCAGACAGCUCGAAGCAAAAAUAGUCGCCGACCCACUAACGCGAUCUCAUCAAGAGACGUUGCGCGGACUACAACAAGAGAUUGAAGCUGUCACCACAAUCCUCAAUCAGCAGCUUGAUGUCUUGAACUCCUUUGAAUCCAGCGUCAGAGAUCUCGACUGCAAUAGCCAGAUUCCUGAUCUACCUCUACUUGGGACGUCUAGACAGGAACUGGUGUUACGUCAAUGCAAAGCGCACAUCAGCGGCAGGCUGGACCUGUUCGAAGCUUUACAGGGCCGUGCCAGCGAACUUGGGGAAUGGCACUUGAGCGAAAUUCACAUUAACAAAGACCGACAAGAGGCUGCUAUUUUGGUCUUCACCAUCGUGACCAUCAUCUUCCUGCCACUCUCGUUUGUGAGCUCCGUGUUUGGAAUGAAUACCGUGGACAUUCGAGACAUGGCGCAAGGACAAUGGGCAUACUGGGCAGCUGCUGCGCCGUUGACAAUUAUUGUCGUUGCUGUGAGUCUUUGGUUUGCAGGCGCUUUCGACAACAUCAGCUUCUGGUUCGCGCGUUCGGCAAAAAGAAACAAUGCUGGAUAUCACCAGUUGCCUGAACCUGCCACAUUGAGGACUGAGAAGAUCGAGCCGAAGACGUAUCAGGAUCCAAAAGUAUUACUUUCUGCACCUCGGAGGCGGACGACUUAUCCUACCAAACACUCAUACCGCUAG